ACAGGCAUGGGUGCCUCGACCGACACAUCGCAUCUUUGCAAGAAUCAUAACAGUGUGAGGAGUAGAGAUCUCAGACCAGCACCAUGCCUAGCAUCAAGUAUACCUACUUCGACGGCCGCGGCCUCGGGGAGGUCAACCGGGUCAUGCUGGCCGCCGGCGGGAUGAAGUACGAGGACGUCCGCUUGCACGAGAGCAAGUGGGCCGGCAUGAAGUCGGCAACUCCAAUGGGAGAGCUCCCCCUGUUGGAAGUGGACGGAACUACAAUCUGUCAGAGCAACAGCAUCGCCCGGUACAUCGCAAGGGAAGCAGGGUUGGCGGGGAAGACCUCCAUAGACCAGGCCAAAGUGGACAUGAUCAUGGAGGGCGCCAGGUCCCUGUUUGACAAGGCUGCACAGAUCUUCAUCCUGCCAGAAGCAGAAAAGGCGGUGAGGAAGAAGAAACUGGAGGAAAAGGAAGCUCCAGAACUGUUGGAGUAUCUGAACAAACUGGCGAGCGGCAAGGGGUACUUUGUAGGCGAUCAGCUGACAGCGGCUGACGUCGCCCUGUACGUAAACUACGAGUCGGUGGGUUCCCUCACGAUCGCCCUGCCGAGUCUGGACAAGUAUCCCAACCUGAAGAAGGUGGCUGAAAACGUCAAGGCCAACCCUGGCAUCGCCAAAUGGCUGAAAGAGCGCCCGGUGACCACCUACUGACCAGCAGCAUGUCGGCAACUGUAACAAUCUCCUAACUAGCUAUUGUCAUCAUUACUGCAUGUAGUACAAUAUGUACAUGUGUGCGUUCCUUCCCCUUUCAUACUAAAGGUGAAACCAUGCUGCGACCUCUGAGUGGCUAAGAACUUUAUUUACUUAAAGUUUCACCGCAAAACAAAGCUCAUGGAGCCACUCAUGCGUUUGGGUUACAAUGCUGGGUUGUGAGGAAAGAUGUUUGUUAAGCCUUGACUUAAAAAGUUUCAGAUUACAC